ACUUCACAAUUUGUGGGACUGCAUCUCAGAUGAACAGCUCACUCAAGUAGUUAGAAGACAGGAAACAGUUUUGUUUCACUUUUUCCUGUUUGGCCUUACUUUCUCAAGGAUCAGAAGAAAAUAUGGCAGACAGGAGUAUUCCCCAUGCUUAUCCAAUGAGUACUGAAUAUGAGUUUGCUAAUCCCAGCAAAAUCUAUGACCAGCUCUUUGGAGAAGGUCUGACACCAAAGGAUAUUUUGGCUCCAACUUUGUACCAUGGUUAUUACAUUCGACCCCGAAUCAAUAAGCAGCUAGACCGAGGAUGUUCUGAGAUCAACGUACACAGUCAUAAAUUCCAUGUUCUGCUGGAUGUGUGCCAAUUCAAGCCAGAUGAGAUUAUAGUCCGCACAGUGGACAACCUUUUACAAGUGACUGGCCAGCAUCCUCAGAGAGUGGACAGACAUGGUUUCAUAACACGGGAGUUCACACGAACCUACAUCCUGCCAAUGGAUGUAGACCCCUUACUGGUUGAAGCAACUUUAUCCCAUGAUGGGAUUCUUAGUAUUGAAGCACCAAGGGGAGGAAUAGAGCCAAAAGCCAUUAUUAAUGACAUAAAGAUAAAUGUGCAGGAGCAGCCAUCUGCAGAAUCUAAAACUGCUGAGGAGAAGAAGGGUGGUUCUUAGGCAGUAUGUAGACAUUCGUAUUUAUGUUUAGCACUACAGAUUCUACCACAUAAGUUGUCAGAAAAUGAUUUUUUUACAAUUUUUUGUAGUUAAUAAUCCAUGCUUUUGUAGAGAGCUGCUACUUAACACAUGCACAUUGCUUUGUUCGUGUGUAUUUUUCUUUUUUCAUUCCUGCUUUCUCCUGUCCACAGCUGAUGCACUAAGAUUCCCUGCCAGCAAAGAGAGAUAUACCAGUUUGGGGGCUGAUGCAAUAUGUCUCCCAAAAACAUCUUGGCAAAGGCACUUUUCCAGUGUCCGAUUACAACAAAUAAUAUGGCUCUAGGCAUGCAACUGUAUUGACAUAGUUUUCAUUCUAUGGGAAGUUAUGUGGUUUACAAUAAUGGCACUCAUGCUAUAAUGGUGUCUUUGCUCUUGUCUGUGUAAAAAAAUGUUGCAUAAAACAUUUACCUACUGAAAUAAAUCAUGAUUUGUUUUUAAGUUUA